CGGCAAAAUCGCAAAGCCAACAUCAGGAUGGCAAAAGGAAAGGGCAGUUCGCUUGCGAAACAGCUUGCUGAGCUGGAAGUGAAGGCUCCUAAGGAUUUUGAUCCCGAAGAAAAUGAGGCACCGCUUCGAAGUGAUGAGAGUGGUUCUGAGGAAGAAGACGAGAAUUUGGGAACGGAGCAUUAUGUGAACGUUGGAAAGAGCAAACUGCGAAAGCCCGCCCAAGUCGCCCUUGGCCCUCAAUACGCCGGAGCUCGAAUCAGCCGCAAGGAUCUACUGAACAAUGAUGAGGACUCCGAUAUCUCUGGCGACGAGGAAUCCACUGAGGAACAGGACAUGGAGGAUAUCGUUGACCCUGAUACUGUGGAUCUAGACGCGGAAGACUUUGAUGGAGAAAUCAACAGCGACGAUGCUCUUGGCGAAAGCGAUGAUGAGAAACUUAAGGGAUUUGUCUUCCGUGGAAGUGGCAAGCCCAAAUAUGCAGUAGGUGGCGGCCCUAGCAAGAGCAAGAGAAAGACAGCUGCGGAUUUUAUGUCCGGCAGUGAGGACGAAGAUGUCGAUGAGAUUGACUCUGAGGACGCCGAGGAUGGAGGAGCAAAAAUUGAUGGAACCGACGAGUCUGGAUCCGAAAGCCAAGAAGAGUUGCUAGAGGAUGGAGAUGAAGACGAGGAUGAGGACAUGGACGAGGUCGAUGAUGACGAGGACGAAGAGGAGGAAGAUGACAAUGACGACUCGGAAGAAGAUAGUGACGAAAGUGAAGUAGGAGACGACGAGCAAGCUCGCCGUGCUGAACUACGAAAGAUGAUGACUGAAGAGCAAAAAACCGUCGUUGCUACAAUUUCUCAGGCCGCGAAAGCCGAUGCUGAGAAGGGCAACGCCGUCAAGGCUCAACGCAAGACAUUCGAUUCAUUGCUAAAUGUCCGCAUACGCCUCCAAAAGGCGCUUGUAGCCACGAACUCCAUGUCGUCUUUAGAGCAAAGCUCUGAAACUUCGACACCGUACAAGGCGGCCGAAGAAGCUGCAGUCAAGCUUCUGAACACUUUGAAUGCUAUGCGAUCUGAGCUUGACAAGACAGCAACGAAUUCAAAGAAGCGCAAGCACACUGCUGUCGAUAUCACAACAUCUAACUCUGACAUCUGGGCUGCUAUCCAAGCCUCCGAGUCCCAAUCUGUUCCGAAACGCCAGGCAACACUCGCAAAGUGGUCUGCGAGGGUUCGCGGUACAACCGCUGCUCCAAUUUCUCGCAAGCUUAACAACGUUGCCGAGCAAUCUAUUGUCGACGUCCUCUCUGAGCAGCUCUCUGGUUCCAACGCAGAGCGCCUCAUCAAGCGCACGAGAAUGCCGCGCUCCUGCGCUCCCAUUCAGGUCAAGGCUAAGAUCACUGAAGAUGAGAACAUUUAUGACGAUGCGGACUUCUAUCAGCUCCUCCUCAAAGAGCUGGUCGACCAGCGCAUGGUAGAUUCUUCAUCCGCCCCAUCUAUGGGAGCCGGCGGCCAGCCGAUUGCUCAGUGGGCUGCGGCCAAGGAGGCGAGGACGAAGAAGAACGUAGAUACCAGAGCUAGCAAGGGACGUAAGAUGAAGUUUACGGUGCACGAGAAGUUGCAGAAUUUCAUGGCACCGGAAGAUAGGGGGCUGUGGGAGCCGGAGGCCAUUGAUCGGUUCUUCGGCACCCUCCUGGGCCAGAAAAUGAACCUGGGAGAAGAGGACGAGAGCGAUGAUGAGGAGGCGCCUCUGGCGGAGGAAGCGUUGAUGCUGUUCAGGUCGUAGAUAAAUAAAUACUUUUAUAUAUGUACCUCACUUCACUAGAUGGCAUCAGCAAGGAAAUUCAAAUCCUCAUAAGCUAGAUCUUGGCAGUGUUGCCCGAGUACUACUC